CCGAUGAUCCCUCCACCGAGGCGUAUCGCCACCGCCACGAGAUCACCGUUGUCGGGGACAACGUGCCAGCUCCGAUAACUUCGUUUGAGACUGGUGGAUUCCCACCGGAAAUCCUCAAGGAGAUGCGAUAUUUGCUCCAAAGGUGGAGCGAAUGUCGUACGCUGCCUCGCGCACCCCUCGGCCAAAUAAGAGCGGCGGGCUGAGGGAAGAUGUCGUUGAUGGAGUUGAUAGAGUUGCUAAGGGUGGGUGAACACCCGAGGCGGCUCACCCCUGGCUCUCUCUCACUCCCUACCGAGGGACUGCCCAUGGCGCAAAGGGGCACCCCAUGUGGCGGCUCAACCUUGGCUUGCUCGCGCUUCCCGCCGAGGGAUUGCCCAUGGCGCAAAGGGGCACCCAUGGCGGCUGAUUUGUUGCUCUGCAUCCAAUCCCUGGAGAAGGCUCCUCACAUGGAUGGUGGGCCUCUUCUGGGGCCUGGCCAUGGAGGUCGCACCGUCCAUAGGACCUGCGGGCAGCUGCUGGAGGGGCUUCGCACCCAGGCUGUCAACGUCCAUACAUAGGACCUGGACCUGCGGGCAGCUGCUGAAGGGGUCCUGUGGAUGAACGAUCCAUGGUUGAGCGAGGCUGCCUCCAGGGAUGCUGUUAGAGCCUUUUCUACUUCACCUUGCGCAUGCAAGUCAACACAUCUUGGAUGCACUUUCUUUUAUACAACGUGCUGGAUUCUCAAGUCCAACGCCAAUCCAAGCUCAGUCAUGGCCAAUUGCCUUGCAGUGUCAAGAUGUUGUAGCUAUUGCAAAGACAGGAUCUGGAAAAACUCUUGGGUAUCUACUUCCUGGAUUUAUGCAUAUUAAACGCUUGCAAAACAACCCAAGGUCUGGUCCAACAGUGCUAGUUUUGGCACCGACAAGGGAGCUUGCAACUCAGAUUUUGGAAGAAGCUGUGAAAUUUGGCAGAUCAUCAAGAAUUUCUUCCACGUGUCUAUAUGGUGGUGCUCCAAAAGGCCCCCAGCUAAGAGAUUUGGAUAGAGGGGUCGAUGUCGUUGUUGCUACACCAGGAAGGUUGAAUGACAUCCUAGAAAUGCGAAGGAUAAGCCUUAAGCAAGUGUCGUACCUUGUUCUAGAUGAAGCUGACCGUAUGUUGGACAUGGGAUUUGAACCACAAAUUCGGAAGAUAGUGAAAGAAAUUCCUCCUCGUCGGCAAACCCUCAUGUACACUGCUACUUGGCCUAAGGAAGUCCGACGAAUUGCAGAGGAUCUUCUUGUUCACCCUGUCCAGGUGACCAUUGGAAGUGUUGAUGAGCUUGUUGCUAAUAGUGCUAUUACUCAGAAUGUGGAGCUGAUCACACCGUCCGAAAAGCUUCGCCGUCUGGAGCAAAUUUUGCGAUCCCAGGAUUCAGGUUCGAAGGUACUAAUAUUCUGUACCACUAAGAGAAUGUGCGACCAACUUGCAAGGACACUUACUAGGCAAUUUGGAGCUUCUGCCAUUCAUGGUGAUAAGUCCCAAAGUGAAAGAGAGAAGGUCCUGAGCCAUUUUAGAUCUGGGCGAUCUCCUAUUUUGGUUGCAACAGAUGUUGCUGCACGAGGCUUAGACAUCAAAGAUAUCAGGGUUGUGAUCAAUUAUGAUUUCCCCACUGGCAUUGAAGAUUAUGUUCACCGGAUUGGCAGGACUGGAAGGGCUGGUGCCACUGGUGUGGCCUAUACGUUUUUCUGUGACCAGGAUUCAAAAUAUGCUGCUGAUCUUAUUAAAAUUCUGGAAGGCGCAAACCAACGUGUGCCUCGUGACUUGGCGGACAUGGCCUCUCGGGGUGGGCGUGGUGGUAGGAAGCGUAACCGGUGGGCAACCCGCUCUGAUAGGGGUGGUUCGCAUUCUGAACUGGAUUCUAGGUAUGGUGGAAGAGAUGGUCUGUCAGGGUCUUCUGGCAGAUUGGAUAGUAGUCGCAGUAGUCGCAGGCAUGACUAUGGUGAUGAUGGACGGUCUCGCAGGUCUGGGAGAGGUCGCAGUAGGAGCCGUAGCAGAAGUGACAGUGAUAGGUAUAGCCGAAGUCCUAAGAGGUCACGCCGUCAUAGCCGUAGCAGGACCAGGAGUCGGAGCCGAAGCAGGAGCAGGAGCUACACUAGGAACCGUCGUGCUAGCCGCAGCAGGAGCCGUAGCCCUGGUGCUAGCCGUAGGCAUGAAAGAAGCGCUACUGGCUCUGGGUCUGCACUGCCAGACUCUGGGCACGGUGAGCGCAAAAGAACACCAGAAGCUGACCCAUCAAGAAACCAUACAAACCACUCAGACCCGAAAGAUGACCGACACCCAGAGGAUGGGAAGGUGGGAAAGGUUGAUCUCGAUCGGUCGCCUACUCCACAAGACAAGUCUGGCCCAUAUAGUCCUGCUUACAAUGGAAAAACCAGUCGCUCAGUGAGCCCUGGUAAUCAGGUGGAAGGAAACAACAAAGCUGCGGAGGUUUCUAAGAAUCCUGAUCCUUCAUCGCCACCCCAUCAUGGUAAGACCAGGGAGGACGAAGAGGAAGGUAUGAUAGAUGAAGAUGGAGAGAUAGCUGAUGAUCCUCGGGCAAAUGCAACCGUGCAGAAUGGCGGUGAUAAUUGACUCUUUGGUCCCAAAAGAAUUUAACAAACUGCUGAGCAGCCACUACAGAUGAUCUGCGUGACAAAGCUCAAAAUGUUAAAAAUUGUCUGAAGCUGUCUUUUCGUAGUCAAAACUUAAGUUAUGAAACUAUCCGUGUCGUAGAGAGCUGGAGAUUGUUUUGUGCCUGAGUUGUCUUAUAACAUUAUAUACUUUGUAGACCCUGUCGAAGUAGAUCAUGUGAAGUGAAGUUGGUAGCUCUGUUAUUUGUGAACCAA